CCUCGGGGUAGAUUCUAGUGCACGUAAACGUCCUGCCUGUCAAUUUAGUCUACGUUUCAUAGUUUGAGUUCCUCGGUAUUCUAAUUUUACAAAACUAACACGCAGCUUCUCCUUGUGACGCCUUUUCGCUGGUGAUUAUGUAGCAGGCAAAUGUUCCAUAAUUAAGCUGGUCGAUUCCCUCCCUCUCUUUACAUCCAUCUUCUCCUCAACAAGAGACUUCUCGCAUAUCUUUAGACAACAGACCAAAACAAUGUCAUUCAACAAAGAGUCAAGUCGCCUGACAAGGCUCCUCCUGCUCCUCCUCGUCUGUCUCUCCGUCUUUGCUCAAGCACAAGGGACGGAAACAAUUGAAAUAACAACCAGUGCUCCCAGUUCCGUUCCCACUGUGCAACCAAUAAUAAGCCUCGGUAUCAGGCAAGACAAGUCGGCUCUCAGCCAACGCAAUUUCGUCUGGACAUCUAAACUGCGGUAUGACAGUGCUGUCAGUACUCUCUUCAGUGACGACGAUCUCUACGCCCUGGCCAAACAAGCGUGGGAUGAGAUGCAGGCCGACAUCGCGGCGCGCCGUCCAGGGAACGGGAAAAAUGCAAACACCAUCACGAAGAAGGACGAACCGGGUAUGAUGGGCCUGAUCGCCGUGGGAAACACCAUCUACCUGGCCAGCUCCAUGAAGGGCGGCAAGUUCAUCUACGGCUACACAGGCGCCGAUGGCCAGCCCGGGCAGGUAGCAUUGGCGCUUGACCGCUGUCAGAUGGCGCUACGAACGGAAGUCGAUCCGAAUGUAGCACCUCACCACACGAACAAGGCGAGCUGCGCGGAGAUUCUCGCCCUGCACCAGUAUUAUUUGGAUCCUGCCGUUAGCGCGGCCGACAAGGCGAAGCUUCCGGCCGGAAUGCGAGCAGCAGCAUAUGGGGACGGAGGUAACAAAAAGAGAGGACCCAAGCCAUACGAACCCUGUGCUGGUAAGGGGGGCGAUGCGAUGACCUGGGGUUGCUCCCAGUUCCUGGGCAGCAUGAAGAUCGUCGCACCGCCUCUCCCAUCAGGCACCCUGUCUAUUCCGACCCCGGUGCCCGUGGAAAUCACCUACAUCCCAGUCUGCGAAAGCUGAGAUUUGGUAUUUUAAGAGGUUGGAGAUCGCGUAAUGCUGUGCUGUGCUGUGCUUGCUGCCAGAACCCGGCUCAUUAGACAACAAGACUGUAAUAUUACAGCGCUGCCUCUUUUAAAUAGAAUAGCACUAUUUUUAUGAAUUUUGAUCUGUAGUUGACUUUUUAAUCGGACGACCAAAAGGGGGUGGGUCUUUGACAGGAUUUCGACGUUCUCGCUUGUCUGGUGUGCGGAUAAUUGCAUACACUGUCAUAAACGCACGGGCUACCGCAAACCUUAACCGAGGAAGCGAUUCUUUCGUAGUCCUACGAGUAUCUCGUUAUCCGGAGAAAAUUACCGAGAAUACCAGUCAAG